UGCUGGCCGGGAGGAGGGUACCCUUGGGGAGGGUAGCCGCCCUGGGGAGGCGGGGGAGAGGUAUUGAGACAUGUUGAUUAGGAAGGGUUUGUGAUUAUCGACGAAAAGGAAGAAUUGACGGUUUGCGAAUGGAAAGUGGAAAUAUUCAGGAAAGAGAGUGAAGGUUGCAAGUUGCAAGGGGUGGAGAGAAUGGUGCGUGGGAUGUGAAGGAAGGAAAUAGGUGUAGGAUGGGGUAUGGGAUAGGUGAGGUAUGAGAUGAGAUGGGGAGUGGGUUAUGUUCUUUCCUCUCCUCCCCAUCGGUCACAAUCCAAUCCCAAUGUUUAUUCCAGGUGUGUGCUGGGAUCAUACCUCGUGCGAGGCGCAGGACACAACCUCGGAGGAGGCUCAGAGAGUGAACUUGAGAGAGUGGUCCUCUUGGUCUCGCAUGUCUCCCGGCGAUUCGCUGACAGCUUCACCACACAUUACACGCGCGUUACGUGUAAGAUACGGUUAUGUCCGUACGGAAUACCCAUCCAUCCACAGCGAACCCAUUCGCACCAAGAAACGCUACGCCUCAGACAGUUGCCGUCCAUCCUUGGAAACCCAGUCUUUCCAGUGAAUAACACGCGGGAAGGGUUCACUCUGGGCUCCCAGGUUCCCAAGGGCCCAAGGGUCCCUUUCUCGUCCUUCCCGGCGUACGCGCCCCCUUCUGCUCAUUCUGUUCCUCUUUGGUCCAACCGUAUCUUCUCAGUUGGAUCAUGGAUCAUUGGAUGGUCUCCCCCUCCCCCCUUGUGUCUCCUUAAAAAAGGGUCCUGUCUUCGGGCCCGCGGAUCGCUGUUCGCGCGCAAAGGGCUCCAGUUCCCAGUGCAUCAACCCAACGGCGGCCAUGUGGCAGAUGGUCCAAUACCAGUAAGGUAAAGCACAAAGAGGAGGGGAGCCGGGGAUUACCUUACUGCUCAGUCACAGGAAGUUGGAGCGACGAUGAGCAACAAGAAAAAAGAGGGUCUCGGCCGGGAUGCCGGGCUCUCGGCAGUGGCAUCUGGUGGUAGGUUUUCUGGGCAUUCACACAUGGGAUAGGGAGUCGCCGUUGCACAAGUUGAUAGGGCGGAGCAGGGGAGCAGGGGGUAAUAGG